CUCUCUCUAUCUCUGCCUGCCUGUCUCUCUCUCUCUCUCUGUCUGUCUGCCUGUCUGUCUCUCAGGUUUCUGUCUGGCAUUGGCUUGUCUUUUGUUUCCAGACUCGUGGGAGAGUCCAGAGAUGAGAGCUCUGUGUGGAGACUCUGUGGGCAGCUUCUCUCCAGGUAACUGUUCGGUCCACUGGGCCUACAUACUGGCCAUGCUGGGCAUUCUGGACGCCGCCAUCUUGGCCACUUUGGCCUUCGUCCUCGCCAACAGACAGGACGCCCUGCUGCCACCGGACGCCAAGGACGAUCUCUCCAUCCUUCUUCAUCACCAUCACCAUCAUCAUCAUCAUCAUCAGAGAUGCUUCCGCCAGCUAGCGAUGGAAAGUAGCUGACAUUUACUCGAGUACUAUACUGAAGUACAAAUGUGAUGUUUUUUUGAAUGUUUGUGAUAAACUGAAGGAUGAGAUGUUAAGUGUUGAUAAAAUCUUCUAGUUCUUCAGCUACAUAAACUCUCUUUGAUCAGAUGGAAGAGGAAUCGUCAUAAAGCUGAAAACAGUUUGUUGUUUUUAGAAAUACGAGGUUCUAACAGAACAUGUGAUGAUCUUAUAGAAUAUGAAGUAUUGAUGUAAAAUAAACUAAACGGGAUAUGAAGGAGUUCACAUGCUACAAACACAUUAACCCAGAAACAUCAGAGAGGAAACAUUUGACUGAUCCAUCAAUAUGAAGUUAUAGUUCAUUUAGCAUAGAUUUAGCUUCUGGAUCCAGCUAGCUACGAAGUAGCUUACAAUUCUGUUAGCAUCUGGGUGCAGCUAGCUAAGAAUUA